UCUGUAGCAAGGCCGCCGAGGCCGCACGUCGAACACUGGGAAAGAUAAGUCAACAUGAGUAAAUUAGAGUUUUUCAGUAGCCCGUGGCGGAAACUGGUCUUUACGAGCUGUUAGCCCCGUCGGAAUUAGUUAAAUGAAUUGAAGCAUUGCAUUAUGCGUGAUUUGUUCAACGAUAUAAUGUCGAACUAAAUUGCGCGGAUGCUGGAGACGCUUGUUCAUAAGGUCAAAUUGGUUGCUUCCGGCUUCACUCAAGGCGCUAUGUAAACAUUUUUGACGUUUGCAAACCACGUGUACGUCGUGGAGUCUUGUUAUGAAUCAAUGCCAAUGCCUGUUUGUAUUUGGGCGCUUGUGCGUCGUAGUUUAGAUCAGGACAUAUUUUAUUGGUUUUUGUGUCAAGCGAAGUGAAAUUUCGCAGUGACCUGAAUUUUUAAGAUCAAUGCAAGCAUGAAGAAAAGAUUAACAUAGUUGCAGAAUUAGGUCAUGGUUGCGAACCUCACAAGAACUUGUGCCAGCUAUCUGGUCACAGCUGAGCGCCCCGGGGGUCAUGCCGUACGACGCGGAGCCCAAGCGGCAGUGGCCGGGGCUGGUGAGGAGGGUGCUGCACCGCCACAUCCCGGUGCUCACCUGGCUGCCCCGCUACAGCCUCGGCUCGCUGCUGUGCGACCUGAUCGCGGGCGUCACCGUCGGCCUGACGGUGAUGCCGCAGGGGCUGGCGUACGCCACCCUCGCCGGGCUGGAGCCCCAGUAUGGACUGUACUCUGCGUUCAUGGGCUGCUUUGUGUACUUAAUCUUCGGGAGCUGCAAGGACAUCACCAUAGGACCCACGGCCCUCAUGGCCCUAAUGACGUAUCAGCAGGUGAAUGGCCGCAACGCUGACUUUGCCGUGCUGCUCUGCUUCCUGAGCGGCUGUGUGCAGCUGCUCAUGAGCAUCCUGCAUCUUGGAGUGUUGGUCGACUUCAUCUCAAUCCCCGUGACGGUCGGGUUCACUUCGGCAACCUCCGUCAUCAUAGCGUGUUCGCAGCUGAAAGGCCUGCUGGGGCUGAAGUUCUCUGCGUCAGGGUUCAUCGAGACGGUCACCAAAGUUUCGCUGCACAUCGGCGAGACGCGACUGGGAGACAGCGUGCUGGGCGCCGUCUGCAUUGUGGUGCUUCUGUUGCUUAGGAAACUGAAGGACGUGAAGCUGGGCGGCCGGGAGAACAAGCCCUCGAAGCACCAGCGGGUGGUCAUGAAGGUGCUGUGGCUAAUCGCCACGUCACGCAACGCCCUCGUCGUCGUCACUUGCUCCGUCAUCGCGUUUUUGCUGCACAAGCCCGGCCAGGAGCAGGUGUUCCUGCUCACCGGAAAAGUGCGGUCCGGGCUGCCGGAGUUCUCGCUGCCGCCCUUCACCACCACGCUGGGCAACCGGACGCUCUCCUUCUCCGAGAUGUGCAGCGAGCUGGGGUCCUCCGUCGUGCUGGUCCCCAUCAUCGGGGUGCUGGGCAACGUGGCCAUCGCCAAGGCGUUCGCGAGCGGGGAUUCAGUUGACGCUACGCAGGAGCUUCUGACGCUGGGCCUGUGCAACAUUCUGGGCUCGUUUGUUUCGUCCAUGCCCAUCACCGGCUCAUUCUCCCGCAGUGCUGUCAACCAUGCCAGCGGGGUCAAGACACCUUUUGGAGGCCUCUACACUGGUCUGCUGAUCAUUCUGGCCCUCAGUGUUCUCACCCCAUACUUCUACUUCAUCCCCAAAGCAUCUCUGGCGGCAGUCAUCAUCUGUGCUGUCAUCUUCAUGAUAGAGUACGAGGUUGUGAAGCCUAUGUGGAGGUCUAACCGCAAGGACCUGAUCCCGACGUUCGCCACCUUCGUGCUGUGCCUGCUGAUUGGAGUGGAGUAUGGGAUCCUGGUUGGGGUGGCCAUCAACAUGAUAUUCCUCCUGUACCCCUCGGCGCGCCCCACCAUCAACGUCGAGAGGAAGAAGACGUGCUCGGGUAGAGACUACAUCAUGGUCACCCCGGGCAACAACCUGUACUUCCCCGCGGUGGACUUCAUUCGCACCAGCGUGGGGCGGGUGGGGGUGAAGGACGGCGGCAGCCAGCUGCCCGUCAUCGUGGACUGCCGCUUCAUCCUGGGAGCGGACUUCACCGCGGCCAAGGGUAUCGCAGCACUUAUUGAUGAUUUCCACAAGCGCAAGCAAGCCAUCUACUUCUACAACCCACACGACAGUGUGAUUUCUGUGUUCAAAGGUGCAAGUUUGGAAGACUUUGUACACAUUUGCGGGCAAGAGGAACUUGAGUUGAUCCUGCAAGCCCACGCGGAGCUGCAGGAGGAAGGCGACAGCAAGUGCUCCGCCGCGGCAGUGCUGUCCAUGAUGGAGCUGAAGGAGGUGUCCUCCGGCGACCCACCCCCGGGCCACCACCCCAGGCGGGGCGACGGCCACGGGGAGCACUGCACCUGCACCCCGCUGCUGGGGGGCUCCACCCCCCGGGCCGAGCUGCGCAGGAUAUGAGGCCCUCCGCAGCCCUGCCCGCACGCCGAUGCGUGCUGCCGUUAACCGGACAGGUUUCCGCGCGAGGGGGAAGUCAUUAGGCAAGUCACAAAUUGAUAUGAUUCGUCUUAAACCAGGAGCAAGUACUUUCCAAGAAUCAUCCAACCUUGAGAUGUUCAUUCAUCUUAUUUCCUGAAUAACGUUCACAGGCAUACAUCGUUUAGUUUCGAAAUGACAAUGGUGCUUGGUGAUUGUACGAUGGACUAGCGGCGUGUCCUGACGCCAAAGAGUUUUGUGCAGCUGAUAUUUAAGGCACUAAUUUUAACGAUGGCCUGAUAUGAUAUGUACGUAAAUAUUGGUGGCGAUUAUGUUGAGAAAUAGGAAUAUAUUCCAAGUGAUCAUCGUAGUUAUUAUUUAAUUUUCAUUUGUGACUUACCUAAUGAAUUUUCUUCGUUAUGUAUUAUUGAAAAUUUGUCUUAGAUAAAGUGUAGACCUUGUAUUAAUAGAUUUUUGUAGACUGUAAUAGUGUGACUAUUUAAAAUAACUAAUAGUCUAAAUCAUUCUUUGAAAUUAAUUAAAUUUUUUAACCACACAAUGAUUUCACAGGUGAAAUAAUUUUUUACAGAGUCUCAUUUUCAACUUAAGGCAGGCCAUAAAAUUAUGUACUACAUUUUAACAAAGUCAAAUCUUUAGUAAUAAACUGCUAUGUAUUGUUAUGUGCAAAAAAAAAAACUUCUGAAACUGUUAAAACCAAUGUGAGGCAAGUUUUUUUUUGGUUGUAUCUCAUUAUAACAAGCAUUUAAAAAAUUGUUUUUGCCUGCUUGGUACUAUAUUGUUUUUGUUUUGUCUCCAAGCUGUCUAUAUUUUAGAGUAAAAAAUAAACAAAACAGGGUUUUCCUCCCAUCAUUUCCUGGUAGGGAAAUAACAUUCCGUAAGUGCGUGGAGUGCAUCUUUGCCAUUGAAACGACAGGGUUGCUAAAGGAGCGCGUCGCUGGCAAGCAAAGAGACUACACACUUGUUGGAUGCCUCGCAGACGUCGCUCUCAGCGGUCCAUUGCCUCUAGGCCUCCAACACACAGAGGCCAGGAAUGCAAGACUGUCAAGUAUUAACACUGUGUUCAAGGGUAACACCCCCGGACUGAGCCUCUGUGCUCUUGUUCAAGCGCAAGUAUCCUAAAUUUUAAGUAGACCGUAAAAAACUGACAUUUUUGUAGUAUGUAUUUUCACGUAGCGUGUGCUAGCGGGAGUGAGAUUUCCUGUUUGUGAUUGUUGUCAUAAUAUUCAUUGUAAUGCAUCUUGAGCUCAUUCCUGGGGCAUGUAUAUUAAAUAAGUGGUUAUCAUUUGUUCUAAGAUGGCUCUAUAACCAGGGGUGUAUAAAAAUCUUAAUUACAUUCUGGUCAUCUAUACUUACUACUAAUUAUACAGUAUUGUAUAAUUAAAAUUGUGUGUGUGGGCAGUAACAUUAAAGUUUAUAACCAUCUUGCAAUGUUAACAAUAUUGAACUGUUACCGUGCAAUAUUCUCAGCCUAUGAUAGUUUCUCAUUACCACAGGUAAAUUUUUGGUUUUCGUACAUAUUUUUUUACGAAUGUAAUUUAUUUUCUAGGCUUUACAGAGUGCUUGUAAACAUUGUUAAGUGAAAAUUUUGGUAGUACAAAGUAACUUUCAAUUAGUUUACCUUUCUAAUGUAAUUAUACUAGUAUUCAAUGAAAAGUUUUAUAAAAUCAGGUAACAUCUUUAUUUUUAGAGUUGCUAUGAUAGUUUUUGCUGUUUAUAACAUUGACACAGCAGAUACUUCAAUGUAGGUAUCAGUAUUCUACAAGUACGGAACGUUAAUGCUGUUGUGUGUGUUUUUAAAGCAGUCUUGGAAAGUUCAUGUUGAUAUACUUAAUGGUGUCUUUUCACUCGGUCAAAUAAAAGGCAUAAUUUAAUUAAAUACCGUAUUUACUCGCAUAUAUGUCGCCAUCGCAGAUAGGUCGCACCCAUAAUUUGAGGUCUUGAAUUUGGUAUUUAAGAUUCCCCCCAUAUAGGUCGCACCGGUAAUUCAUUACCGCGCAGUGCACGGAGAAAGGUCAUUGUACUCUAUCAGCUGCUGUUACGGCGCGCCUGCUGGCUCUUUUGUUCACUGAGCUGCGCAUGCGCAGUAUAACUCACUCAACGCUCCACCCAGACUCGUGACCUCCCAUCAGCAGCCAGCCAAUAGAUGCGAGCUUAGCGGAAAAAAAUAUAAGCUCCACCUCCCGUGUACCAGUUUUGUCCAGUUCUAAUACCAGUUUAUUGGUAUACGCACCAGUUUUCUCGCUGCCGUGAUGUGUUCAAGUUUACGUCCGUCUUGAUGUCUUGAUACCAAUAAUUAAUUAAUUAUGAUCCCCAGAAAUAAAUUGUUAGUUUAAAAAAUAUGCGUCAACUGUACAAUACUUCCGAAAUUAUAAAAUACGUAUAAAACAGUUACCAAGAUUCCGCUCAUUUUAUCUUGUGAAGUUUGUCUCGUAGCAGUAUUUCGGCUAAGUUGUGACAUAAAUACAGUAUCAGAACUUAACAAUCGGCCACGUUUAUACAUUCGUGAGUUUACGUUUUUCCCUAGUGCAUUUUAGAUUGUCUCCUGCUAUAAUUACUCGGACUUUUACACGCCUAGGCUUAAAUUAUUACAUGUUUAGAAAUAAAAGCAACUUUUCAUGUUAUAAAAUAUGUAUAUUUUGCGAUUUAAAAUGUUCAUUGCCGACUAUAAAUGUUACGUUUUUCAUGAUGUUUUCAGUGUUUUUAGGCCUACUAGCUAAUUUUAUCUACUCUUAUUAAAGUACCCACGGUAUUUUCUGGUUGUUUAUGGUUGUUACGUGACGUAAAUAGCGGGAUGGAUUCGAUUUUUGAGUCGUAAUUUGCGUGAAAGUAUUGUAUUUGACUAAAUGGGAAUUAAACAGGACCUGAAGAAUAUAGUGCAAAUAACGGGAAAACGUAAAUAACGGUUACGUAAAUAAGGGGUUUCGCUGUAUGUGUACAUUGUAAAUAAAUUUGCCUUUACCUAUAUAAACUUCUUCGCAUUUUAAAGCAAAAUAUUGCAAAAAAAAUUCCUCAAAAAUUUUAAAAAAUUUUUUCUUGACAUAUAGGUCGCACUUCAUUUUUUCCCCAUCAAAUAUGGUAAAAUUGCCGCGACCUAUAUGCGAGUAAAUACGGUAUAAGAAAAACCAAUCACAGGUCCCUUGUAUACCCAUUUUAUUUUCCAUGCUUUAAGGUUAUGAUAUUCCAUAAUGAAGAUAGUUUCUUUUAUGGUAAAAAAAAAAACACUGUUUCAAAAUGCUGUAUUUUAAACACCAAGGGAGACUAGUUAAAGCAGAUAACUGGUGAAAAUUUGGGAGUUUUUCGUUACUUGAAAGAUUAAAUGUAGGAUUGUGCUAGUGCUCAUAAAUUUUCUUUGAUGCAGUAAUGCUUUAUUAAUUAGUAGUGAAGUUACAUUCCACAUAAACUUAAGAAAGUAUGUAUAGCAUUUUUUUUUAUGGAGUUGACAUUUAGUUUUGUGAAGUGGUUAUUUUAGUUCAUGAAUUUCUCUGAAAAGUUUCUCAAGAGCUUUUACGUACAAUUUUACAUUUCCUCCACAUUUUUACUCAAGAUUUUUUGCGUUCUUGAAAUCAGUGAUAGGUUUAUGUUUUCUAGAUUUCAGAUUAGCCAUUUAAUGUUCUUGUGUUCUCAUGUAUGGAAAUUUAUAUUUUCCUGGCUUUUUUUUCUCUGCAGACAGUAACUUCAAUUUCAACCUUAUACCAAUAAAGUUUUUUUUUUAUUUAUUUAUUUUUUUUUUUAGAUCUACAUCAUUUGAGAAAAUAAACUGAUUUAUCAUUUCGUCAAGAUUUUUUUAUCAAUGCCUUCUGCCCAUAGAUACUAUUCUCAGUUCAACAUGCACAUGAACAGGAAGAAAAAAAAAACAUUGACAGAAAGUAGGGAAACAGAAAUACAAUGAAGGGUGGUAUUUCAAGUUUAUUUCUUUAUGCCGUACGUUUGGCACAAUUUUUGGAAUAGUUGCAUAAUUAUAACACCUUUUUUAUACUUUUUUAUGCAGUUAACAAAUCUUGCCAUUUUGUUUGGUACAAUAUGUAUGGUAUGUUCUUCCUUGGUUUUGAGUCCAUGUCACAAACAUGCAGACUUCUUAGUAAUGAAGGCUUUAGGAACGAACCCAAUAAAUGGGUGGGUACUGUGAUAAUGACUCGGAUAAGUAAGUGAAAUUAAAUUGAUAUGUAUAUGCACAUACUUAUUAUUGUAAUUUUUUUUAAUUAUGUGUAUUUUCUGAAAUAAUAGUUUAUCCAAAAGUGUACUUAUUUAUUUUAUUAUUUUUUAUUAUUUUAAUUUUCCAUUAUUUCUUUAUAUUUUGUUACUUUAAGUGGUUUUAAAAUUAAUAUUAAAUCACUUUAAAAAAUUAUUUUAUGCAAACUUUUUUUAUGGUUUGUGUGGUUUCUUUAUCAUGUACCUAUAUCUUUUUUUGAAUUUUUUUUUUCUUUUCUUGUAAGCAAUUUAUCCUCAAAGAAUUGCUUUACAUUAAGAUAUGACCUUUGAUUGUUCCUUUCAAUAACUUUGUGUUUAUUGUUUAGUACAUAGCAACAUUUCAAACUUGAGAUGCAGAUGGGUGCUUAACAAGUACAAACUGUACUUUAAAAAUAUUAUCAUUUAAUCAUUUAGGACGUAGAAAAUCAAUUAAGUUGUAUUAUUCAGAUAACUGGUAUUAUUUAGAUAUCUUGUAUGCUAUCCAAGUACAAAAACCAUGCAGAUUUGUUUGCAUUUAUUUGGCCACUGUUAUUUUAAGUGAAGGAGAGGGGAUGUAUGUUAAUAUUUAGCAUUAUUUAAAAAAUUAAAUGUCUAUAAAUAUAGUGUCAUGUGUGCCAAACAUCAUUUUAUAAAUAUUUUGAUCAAUCUUUUUGGUAGUAGGCAGGAAAUUAUUAUACUAUAAAUGAAAUCUCUUGUUAUCCUGUUAUUCCUAAUCUAGUGGUCAGCAUUUUUAACGGGAUAUAGUUAAAACAUUUUUAUUGAAUCCAAAAUAAUGUAAUUUAUUGAACUUAAAUUAGACAUAAAUAUAAUCUAAUAAAUCAUUCUUAAUACACGAAGGUGUAAAUGACUUCUUAAGAUUUUAAGGAAAGUUUUCUGUCUUAGCUUAUGAAAACUAUUUAUACUAUACUCAAGGUAUAUAUACACUUUCUGUUUCUGGAAAGUCAAAUAAAUCAGGCAAAAGUCAGGGAAGGUGGAAUUGGUCAGGGAAAGUCAGAGAAAUCCAGGAGAAGUCAUGAAAAUUCCAUAGUGAUAGAAGUUUUUGGGGGGAAAUGUCUGGCAUCACCCUAACUGUGAGUUUUUUUUAGGUUGUGUUUUCGUGCAUAGUCAUACACAAAGAUUUGUUAGAUAUAAAAAGAAAGAACUUAAAUUACUAGGCCAGCUAUGGGAAUGAUGAAAGCAGAAUUUUUCAUUUCUUUCAGAAAUAAUUCAAAUGGUUAAAAUACGAAGAGGGGAAAAAAAAGUAAAAUAAUUUGAAAUUUUUUGUAGAGAUAGUUAAGAGAACAGUCUGGAAAAUUUUAUUUUAGAAAUACUAUGUUAUUUGAUAUUUUAUAUUCAAAACUGCAAGAUAACCUGUUGGCAGACUAGGACAUAAAAAUGCUUUUUAUUCGCACUGUAAAAUGGUGUAAUGCAAGUUUCUGUUUGAAAUUUAAAAAAAAAGUGUUGAGAAAAUUAAGCUUGCUGUUGGGAUGGUGAACCGUGGACGCUGGGUAUUAUUUAUUUUGUGUAGAAAAUUAUAGAAAAAUUGUAAGUUAUUUUAAAAGAAAAAAAUAGUCAAGGAAAUCGAAAUUAUUGUCAGGGAAAGUUAGGGAAAUUUUAUUUAAGAUUUGUGUGGCCAUCCUGUUCAUACAUAUUGUAGACUGCUCUCUUUAAUUCUGCACUCCAUGGUCCCACACAUUUUGUAAUCCUACACUGGCAGAGCAGCUCAUGUUCAUAUAUAUAUAUAUAUAUUUUUUGUGGUGGAUUCGACUAUGUUUGUUGACCAUGGAAGCAAAGUGACAUCAAAGACUUUUUUAAACAAUAAAUCUCUUAUGUAUUAGUAGGGACAAGAUUAUAUGGUUUAAAUUUUAGGCUAAUUUAGUUUUAUAAACACAUGAGAUUUCAAUGUUAUUUUUAAUUUUUAUAAAUUCUGUUUAUGUGUAAUAUAGCAUAAUGUUCAGUAUGACACUUACUGAUUUUGAUAAAAUAUAUUUCACUUUUACAAUAUAUUUUUUCGUAAGCAUAACUAUUCGAAACAAUAAAAAUAAAUUGGCAAGUAUUUGAGUGUUUGUAAAUUUACAAAAUUUAUAAUUUGAAUGUGAGUUACUAAUUCAGUCUAAGACACAAAAAGAAUUGGAAAAAAAAAAUUCUUAUCUUUUUAGUACCUGCCUUUUGGUACAAACUUCCUCCUAAAAAAAAUUACAUUUAUUGAAUUAACUAUUCAAAAGAUUAUGUCUUUGUGAUUAGAGUUAAUUUUUGGUUAUGAAUGCUGAUUAAUUUCAUGAUUUUAGUUUCAUUCUGGUACUUUAUAGUGUAUUAACUUACAUUUCGGUUUUACAUGUUGUAUUGACACGUUUUUUAAAGUUUUAUUUUGGUUUUAUCACAUUUCACCAUUUAAUCUUGUCCCUAUGUAUUUGUUCUUUCCAUGGAGUAGCUUUUUACAGCUUGUUUUCUUUGGUGAAUUGAUGUUGGACAAUUCAUGGUGAUGGUCCCGAACAGGCUGUAUUAAAGAGCUUUUACUGUAUAAUCAUAAUGAGUCUCUUCAAAAAUUAGAAAAUGGUCAUUUUUAGAACUAAUGCUCGGUAAACCAUGUAACAAGCCAGAUAUUUUAAUUAAACGUCAAAAAUUAAAGUCAGUGCUGAAAUGGGUCAGAUACUAUGUUGAGGGCGUUAUGAGUGUAAAUAUGUACGUACUUACUAGUUUUAAAGUCUAUGAAUUAUGGCAGUGUCUGUCUUGAUAAAGUUGUGCAGAAAAAUAGCUUUGUUCUGGAGAAAGGUACAUAAAAGUUGCAAGUCAAGGUGAGUUCACCGGACUUGAUUUGGUUAUGUGUAGAAUUUUGGCUGUGGAUCCUGCUGUCUGUACAACACAGUUGUAGGAUUGUGUAUUAACCAUGACUGAGAUUUGUGUAUACAGAGUGUAGGGUGUGUGUGUGUUACCUUAAAAUGUGUUAGAAUGUUACCAGAAAAUGUGUUAGAAAGUUGUUAUUGAUGAAUCUGCUAGACAGGUUCCCGUUUUUCAUUUCUGUGUGUGUUUUAGGUGUAUUUUUGUGUGCGUACACAAGAGAUAUGCGUACACAAGAGGUAGCUAAUUCAAUAAAGCACGUGUGUUUGUUCAGUGGUAUCCAUUUUAAUAUUUUUCACAUAAUUACGAUCUAGAUGUGAUUGCAGUAAGCAAGUGUGUUAUUGUGUUAUUGAUUCAGUUGAAUUUUUUUUGAAGAAGAGUUGUUAGUUAAAUAAAUUUUAAACUACUGUAAUUCUUGUGGUUCAAAGGUUUGUUGUAAAGUGAUAAGUUUUUUAUUUAGAAAAAUUAAUUUAGCAAUUUAAUUGCAAUUUCAAUUUAGCUUGUAAUGUUAGUACAAGCUUUUGUUGAACAGUAAUAUUUUUUUACUUCAUAAUUUUAGUGAUGUGAAGAAAAAUUAUGUACAAAUGUGAGGUAUUUGAAUAGUACAUUUGAAGUUCAUGUACAUGUGUAUUAUAAUAUAGAUAAAGUUAUCAUUGCAAAUUUAAGCAUAACAUAUGUUUAAGUAAACUAACAUCUGAUGAUUUACUAAACUAUUCACCCUACGAUGGUUACAAUGAGAAAAAUUGUAUUGUGAUUGGUGACUAUGAUGCAAUGUAUAAGUAGCAACAUAAUUUACUGCAAUGUCCGACUACAUUCCGUCUUUUUGACAAUGAAAGAAUUUUUUUAUUUUACACACUGGUUUUAGUUUCAUAGUGUUAUCGAUGAGUACUAUACUGCCUGGUUAGAAUGAAUUUUUUUAAAGGAAAGGGACUUUGUGAUUUAAAUAUCAGACAGUGUGUGUUUAUUAGUCAGUAUAUACCUGUGUGUUUUAAUGAGGAAUGAGAUUGCCGAAGCUUUGUUUGAAUAUUACUGUGCUUUAUCAAAAUGAAAUUGAAACAAAAUUUAUUGGAUUUCCAUGAAAAUUUUAGGAAAAUGGAAAUUUUUUAUUAAGUAUCACUUCUUAAUGAUAAUUGUUUACAGAUUUAUAAAAUAUUCCUUGUACAUUUUGAAUAUUAAAAAAAAAGUUUUUUUUAUUCAAUUCAAUAUCAUGCUUUAUUUCUGAGUAUAUAUGACAUUCAACAUUUAAAAUUGGAAUUAAUUGCUAAACAUUUGGUUGUUUUAAGUCUUAUUGUUAGAGAAGAAUAAUUUUACUGUUAACUAGUUUAAUUAUUCCAUUCUUGCUAUUAUAUUUGGUUUUGCAGGGGUAAGUAAAGAUUUUUAAUAGAGCAAGUUUUCUUUUAAGAAUCACUCUGAUAUCUAAAUUAGUGUUAAGUUCCAACUAUUAUAUCUUGUAUCUGGCCUUCAAUUCAAAUUUAUUUAACCAAAAAUUGUGUCAAUAACCUGCUAAAGAUAAUUUCAGCAAGACUGGAUUAAACACAAAAAGAAUAUUUCUUUAAAUUAAGCAUAGCUUAUGGAAGCUAACAAAAUGUAGUGUAAUCAUAUUAUGACCUAAAAGGUACAGUUAGUUUCGAAAAGAGAAAAAAAAACCCGCAGGUUUAAGGAUUGACAAAUCAGUAAGGCGUCUGAUCAAUGUUGUUGUAUAUGUAACGGUUUAAUAAGCCAAAGUCAUUAAUGCAGUCAAAUUGGCGGUUGCUUUAUCUUACGGAAUCACGAUUUUUUUUUAAGUAAAACGUUGCCUAUGUCCAUCUGAAAUGAUGUAGCUUUAUAACAGUGAAAGAAAUUUUAAUAUCAGUCCAGUGGUUUUGGAAUUUACUUCUUACAAAUAAAAAGUCACAUUCUUUCUUAAUAAUAUUAGUAUAGACUAACUUAACAAACUUCGGUUUGGGCACUAGAAUACUGAUUUAAGUCAAAUUUUUAGAUCACUGCAAUAUUGAUACUGUUACCAAAUACGUGCAUGACCCUAAUAGCUAAAUUUAAUAGUAAAGGUGUUAUUUGAGCACGCUUCGUAGACUGAAGAAGCCAAAGCACGUUUUGUCUGCUAAUUGAUCGAUGUUUACUUCAUGCUGUUUUGUCAUGGUUACAUGUGUAUCAAUACUUACAGGACCCUGGUGUAACUGCUGUAAUUGUAAAUACAAUUCUGGUGCCAUCAUCAAUUGCCCAAGCUAGACACAAAGCCGAAUUAAAAAUUUUAAUCCCAGCAUAAAUUUGUUAUUCAUUAUAACGGUGCACUAGUAUAGACCAGUUGUGUUUUUUCGGAAAGUAGUUUGUACAUUCUAGUAUUUUGUAGUAAGUAUUUUAUUAAACGGAGAAGUCCAUUAAAUUGUACAGUUAAGUGAAUGUUAAGAUGUUGAUAAAAAAAAUUGUUGUAUUUUUUUAAUACAUAUCAUAGUUGUAGGUUUGACUGUUUUGUAUUUUUUGCCGAGAGAAUUACUUAUAAUAUUUGUUGUGAAUGCUGAAAAUUUGUGUAAAGGUUUUUUCGAGUUUAUACAUGCAGCACACGUGUUCAUUCUUUGAGACAUUUGUAUAUUGAAUUAAUAUUGUUACAAACAUCCGGACUCAUGCAUCUUUAGAUAUAAUUAAACGUUAUUUAAAAAAAUUAGAAAUGAAUGCAUGAAAGUUGUAACUUUGAUCUCGUGUAUGAAUUUCAAUCUUAGAAUUUCACCUAUUUGUUUUUGUCUUCCGUGUUUAGAGUGUUAUUUUGUUAGAAUGCUGUUCGUAUCUAUGGUAACUUCCUUCAUAUUUGAGCUGUGCCUAGCUGUCUUUUCUUGUAGCUGCUAGACAACAUACUCAAAAUAAAAUAUGUGAACGAGUCUUUCAUACUCGGGAGUGAUGUGUAAUCGUCUAACCUGGGUAACGUGCAUAUUCAUGUGUUCUCAUGUUCAUGUUGCAAAUAAACUUUUUGACAGGGAA